ACUUUUUUUUCCUCUCACUCUCUUGGCACUCUCUCUCCUCCUCUCCUCGGAAAAACUCCCUCCUGUCUUCUCUCUUCGAUUUCAUCUACCUAGGGGUGAUUCCGGACAAGGCCCGAGAAUUAAAGUUGCUAUACGAAGCAUGGGCUUUCCGAAUAUCCAAGAAAAAUCACGAUCGGACCACGUGGGAGCUCGGUUGACUUAGUCAAAGGUUCGGGUUUUGCUCAAAACCCAUGAGAGAGAGAUGGGUGACACUGCUGUUGAUAUUUUCCUGGAGACCUUGAAGAAUCUUAUAACGUGCUCCAAUAUGGAUUUUAUCAUAGACGAGAAACAUCAACAUCAACUUCAAUCUCUUGCCGAGGAGAUCAAGCACCUGAGAGGGUUCCUCAAGAUUACGGAGAAGAAACGCAACGAACAUUCAGAAGUGAUGAAUUUGGUGAUGCGGAUCAGAGAAGUGGUAUCCGAGGCAGAAAACAUUGUAGAACUAUUUGUAGUUGUUGUUUUCAAGGCUAAUCACACAUCUGAUUCUCUUCGUGAACAUCAGGAUCAUCUUUCUCUUGACCUUGAAAGUGUCGAAAAGAAGAUCAAGAUUCUUAGGGGUAAGGUGAAGCAGAUUCUCGACGAGAAUCUGCAUGACAUCAAUGGACUAGCAGGCAAAAAACUCAAGCACUCUUCUACCGGAAGCGAAGGUAUUGGAGGUUCAAGUUCAUCAGGAGAGAACAAAUCCAAAGUAGUAGAAGAGAAGGUGGUGGUCGGUUUCAAGGAUGAGGUAGAGACAUUAAUGCGAAAGCUUCAUGAUAGUGGAGAGGGUGGAUUGCUAGAGAUUAUAUCAAUCAUUGGCGUUGGUGGAGGCGGCAAAACCACGUUGGCCAGAGAAGUGUAUGAUCAUCCUUUGACGUCGGAGAAGUUUGAAAUUCGUGCAUGGCUCAAUGUUUCUCAACACUAUAACACAGCCAUGACGAGGGAUUUUUUUAUUAGUAUUCUGGAAGUAGCUUCCCCAAAAAAACAUGAAAAUUACGGGGAGAGUAGUGAGGAUAAGUUGGGAGAAAAGGUAUACAAAUGCUUGCAGGGUAGAAAAUAUCUAAUUGUCAUGGAUGACAUAUGGGGCAUUGAAGCUUGGAAUGAUAUCCAAAGAUCAUUCCCUAAGGAAUGCAAGGGGAGUAAAGUGUUGUUAACUAGUCGAUUUCCUGUUCAACCAGAUAGCGUCCCUUGCAUUCCUCAUUGUUUGCAACUCUUAUCAAAAAGUUGCAGUUGGGAGUUAUUACAAAAGAAGGUAUUCGGGAAGAAACAAUGCCCACCGGAUCAGUUGGUGGGUAUUGGUGCGCAAAUCGCAGAAAAAUGUGGAGGACUACCACUCGCAAUUGUUGCAAUAGGUGGCAUUCUGGCAACGGAAGACAAGACACUUGACGUGUGGGAGAAAGUUGCCAAACAUUUAAGUUCAAUCAUUGUCAAAAACCAGAAGGGCUGCAUGGAGAUACUAGAACUUAGUUACAAUCACCUGCCUCUUCAUUUAAAAGCGUGUUUUCUUUAUAUUGGAGCACACCCUGAAGAUUAUAUAAUCUCCGUACGCGAGUUGAUAUGGUUAUGGAUUGCAGAAGGAUUCAUUCAGCAAAGUGAAGGGGGGAAAAGCUUGGAGGCCGUAGCCGAAAAUUACUUAAUGAGUCUUAUUGAUAGAAAUCUCGUAAUGGUAGCUAGGAGAAGUAAAUCUCACGGAGGAAUUAAAGCAUGCCGUAUCCAUGAUCUUCUACGCGAAUUUUGCUUGAAAAAAGCCGAGGAUGAUAAUUUUUUUAUGCAAAUUUACAGGGAUGAUUCUAUUUCACCUUCCGCUACAGAUAAGCAUCCUCGCCUAUUCAUUGGCAGUCAGUUCUUCCAUAAGUUUUCAUCAAGGCUUUGCGCUCAAAACCUUCGUUCUUUUUUGUGCCUCCCAUUGUCAAAGCACUCCUACUAUUCUAUAGAAGAUCUGUCAUUCUUUGUUGAAAACUUCAAACUUCUCAGGGUGUUGCAUUUAAUCUCCGCCAUAAGAAUAGGAAAUCGCAAGUUGUUGCGUUUAAUCUCCGCUACAAGCCUAGAAGAAAUAGGAAUAAGACAUCUAGUUCAUUUGAGGUACUUAGCACUUACGUUACCACUAGCAAAACUUUUCCGUGCACCGGAUUUCUCGAACCUAGAAAUCCUUAACCUUCAAGUUCAUGAUGAGAUUUCAUUGCCUCGCAAUAUAGUUAAGAUGGUUAAGUUGAGGCAUCUAUAUAGUAACAGGGGGAAAUUUGAAUAUCAUCAUGUUUCUUAUGAAGAAGAAGAGGGGAUUAUGUUGGAUAACUUACAAACCCUGCACCGAAUGUGUAUCUGUGAGCAUUGCCUACGUUUCUUGAAAAGGACUCCCAAUCUUAGGAAGCUAGGACUUAUUGGAAAUAUUAGGAACCUUAAAGGGGAUUAUGUUUUGAACCUAGACUUCUUAAAAUGCCUAGAGACACUCAAAGUCUUUGGAUGGGUCCGAUGCGAUAUUCAGAGAGGGGGGGAAGCACUGGGCUGAAGUUUCCUCCUACUCUUACGCGGCUAACUUUGAGCCGUACGUACUUGAAAUGGGAGGAGCUGUCAAUAAUCCUUCAAACCAUGCCGAGUCUUGAGGUUCUCAAAUUAUUAGAAUACGCCUGUAGGGGACCAGUUUGGAACACAAGUGAACUUUGGGAGGGGUUUUCUCAACUUAAGUACUUGAAGUUUUACGAUCUGGAUAUCGUGGAGUGGAAUGCUUCCGAAGAUCAAUUUCCGAGACUUGAAGUCUUAGUGAUUGUAAAUUGCAAAGCACUGAAGGGGAUCCCAAUUGAAUUUGCUAAUCUGUAUGACCUUCGCGAAAUUAAUCUGGACUACUGCGGGCUAUCUUUGAAGGAAUCGGCAACGGAGAUUCAGGACAUGCAAAGAAAUACAAAAGGAGAUGAUGAUUGCCUAAAUCUCCUUACGUCUACAAUUUGUUAUUGAGUGCUAUGAUGAUCCCUCAAAUGGACUCAAUUCUUUACCUAGCCAGAUGGGUUACGCUAUCUCAACAACAUAAAAAUCAACGUUAUAAGUCCAACGGGAAGAGAAAAGGCAGCGACAGUCUCAAGCUUUCUGCAAUAAACGUUUGAAACUUAUCAGUAUGUGUUUUAUUUGCCUGUUGUUUUGUCUGUACUUUAGAAUGGCGUUUUUCAUACUAUGUACUGUGUGUUGGGUUGAAACUUUGAUUGUUGAGCCAGUCAAGUUUGUAGUUGACAAGAUUGUUGUAGUAGGGUUACCUCCAAUAAUUGGUGAUGAUUUUUUUGGUGGUUUUAUCUUCAUCCACUUGAGACUUUUUCUCUAGCAUCUUCAAUUGUUCUAUGAAGCAUGUAUCACUGGGCCCUCUCAAAAAAUGUUUGGUCCAAUUUUCCCUUGCCUGCAUCAUCUUCUAGGCCUGUAUCAUCUUCUAUUCCCAAAUCAGGUAAAUUUGUGGACUCUGUGUAUGGUAGCUUACUACACGGUUAAAUCAGGACAGCGUCUACCUCUGCCUUGUUUGAGUUUCUUCGAGGCAUAUGUGUAUAUAUAUAUAUACACACACACACACACUUUGGAUCCCUUGAGGGAUCCCAAACGGCUGUUUGGUGCGGCCCUCUGUUCUCAGCCCUUGUAUUUAAUCCAAGGGCCACAGAAAGAAAGGGCAUAAAAAAAAUGGCACAAAUUACUCUUUCCCCCCUCUUCGGUUCAUUUCACACUUGCCCCUUGAUGUUUUUCAUGCAGAGGCUUAGAGAGAGAGAACCAGGGAAGAGAAGAAGAACGCGGACGAACGAAGAAGAAUGACGACGACGACGAACGAAGAACACAAGUACGACUGAAGGAGAACGAAGAACGAAAUCGACAGACAACGAAGGGCUGGACAAUCGAUCCAGUAGAAGAAGAACGAACCGCACCACCAAGGUAUCUCUCUCUCCCGAUUAUGGGGGGGGGGGGGGGGGGGGGGGUGCGAACCAGUUUAGGGCUUCUUCUUUUUUUUGGUUCUAACCCUUGAUUCACUGCUGUUGUUGAUAUUCCUCUCUCGAUCUGCUUCGAACCAGAGAGAAGGCCAAAUUAGGGCAAAACGGUUCUCGAUCUAGUGGAUAAUCACUGACUAUUUUUAGCUUUAGUUGAUAACUUUUUUUUUUCUUAUUUGGAAUGGUAAUAGCACAUUUUCCCAAAAAAAACCUCAACUUAAGUUAAGACUGCUUCUAUUAAAACGGUUCUCAAUCUGGUUGUCAAUACAUAGAACUUUUUGAAUUUUUUUAUUUUCUUAGCUCUUCGCAUUUUAUUAAAUUUGUGCUAUAGAGGUCAAGUUUUUCCAAGGCCAUGGAUUCUUCAUCUUCAACAAGCACAAAUGCAAUGAUGUCUAUCGAUCUUACAAAAAGUUGAGAAGACCUAUGUGUAGCCUAAAUUUGAGCUUCGAGUAUUACUUUAUUAUGUAUCUUGAUAUUUUGUGACACUAAUCACAGGUAAAUGAAACACACAUGGAUAAUGCGUCAAGGAAAACACCGUUGCUGGGAUUGUGGGUUUAGCAAGACGCUCACCUAGUCACACUCGCCAAAUCCUGAGAGCGACCCCUCUCGGCUGCCAAUUUUGUCUGUGUUAAUGUAAUUGUGAUGUGCAUCUAGCUAGUUGUAUCAAUUGGGUAUGCAGGGCCGGUUCAUAGGGUAGGCAAACCGUUUCCGGUCUCUGAAUUUCGGUCUAAAAUUGAGGCCCCACUGUAAUAUAACUUAUAUAUUAAAAUUAGAAUAUUUCCAAAUAAAAACACAAUUGUAUUUUAUUACUAUCUUCAAAA